AACACGCCAUCCGUGCACCAGUUUCAUACGUAGCGAAAACGCCCAUAUUUACCAGCAUCGCCAUGGCCUAUCUAUCGAAUUUCAACGCCGAGACGGGUAAAACCAUUCUGGUGGACAUACUGAAAACGGUGAACCAAAGUGAAAACUCAAAAAAGCUGGCCGAAGCGAAGGCAAACUCUGGCAAGGAGAUGAUCAAAAUGAUGCAGUACGUGUUUCCACUGGUGAUGCAGAUCCAGAUCGGCGUCAUAAAGGACUACGGAUUCCCGGGCAAUCGGGAAGGGUUGGUGCAGUUCGAACAAAUCAUUCGCGAGUUCGAACGCGAAGAUGUUGAUAUUGCUCGGCUGCGUGCCCAAAUACGGUCGAUCUAUCUACCUCCGAUAAACAUCAACAGUACGAACGAUGUGCUGAUAUAGGCUGCUGUGGGAGGGCUACCGGGGAUUUCUGAUAUUAUAUAUUAAGGGUUGCAUUUAAGACUGAGUAUGAUUUGCACGUGAAGGAGACAAUGAUCAAACCGCUUCGGAACGGUAUGCCAGGGAAAGCUUCCGAUGGCCCACAACGAAACAAGCAACUGCCAGUGUAAACAAUAGUGAAACAGGAAAAGCCUGUUCGUCAAACAAACAAUAAUAAGUAUUCGUAGUCGGUCUAAGUAUAUAUAAAACUUGCUUCGUUUCAUUAACAUUUCUAUCGCUUCAAAAAACCUUCCGUAUAUUACAAAUGAAUUUAUUUACGCCUACUCGAUAAAAUAAAGUGAUUCUUUUUGUAUCAACAUUCA